AUGUCUACCUCUCAAUCAAUCUCUCACUCUAACGAUAGUUUUGAAGAACAUAACUCUGAAGAAGAGCACAUGCUAGAAGAAGAUGGAGGUGGAGCUGCCACUGGUGUAGAAAGCUCCAUUCCAAACUUAGGCACCCAAGCAAAUGCAAGUGAGGCUACAGGUGUCACGGGUACUUCGAAACGAAAAAGAAAAGCACCGAUGUCUAGGUCUGCAGUGUGGUAUGAUUUUACAAAGGACAAAACCCAUGAGACUGCCACUUACAAUCAUUGUGGGAUUGUAUACAAGAACAACUCAUCAAAGAAUGGAACAUCCACAUUGAAGCAACACUUGACGCGAUGCCCACGCGUACCUAGGCCAAGUGGUGAACAAACUGAAUUGUCAUUGCAAAGCAAUCAAGCAAGAAAGGGGGACCUUUCAACAUGGAGGUAUGAUCCGAAGGUUGCACAGGAUGAGUUAACUUGCAUGAUAGUUGAAUGCGAGUUGCCUUUCAAGUUUGUUGAGCAGCCACGAUUUAGGAGUUUUGUGCAUGCAUUGAAUCCAAGAUUCAAUGUGCCUUCAAGGCCAACUGCUAGAAAGAACGUUGUUGAUCUAUAUGAAGAUACGAAGAAAAACAUGAUGCAGGUGUUCCAAAACAAUGGAUCAAAGGUUUCUUUAACCACAGAUGCGUGGACAUCAGAGCAAAGACAAAACUAUAUGGUCAUCACUGCUCACUUCAUUGAUAGGGAGUGGAAGUUGCAAAAGAAAAUUAUCAACUUCACCACAAUUAAGAGCCACAGAGUGGAUAAUGCCAGUGCAAAUGAUAAUCUUGUCAAUUAUUUGAAAAGGAGAUUUGCAAGUCUCAUGCUAAGUGAUUAUGUGCAUGUGAGAUGUGUUGCACACAUAAUCAAUCUAAUUGUUAUGGAGGGCAUCAAAGAAUCCAUUGCAUCAAUUGAUCGGGUUCGUGCAGUUAUUAAGUUUAUGAGAGCUUCUCCUGCUAGGAUUCAAAAAUUCAAAGAAUGUGCGGAGAUGGAGAGAAUUCCAAGCAAGGCCUCAUUAUGCUUAGAUGUGUGCACUAGGUGGAACUCGACUUAUUUGAUGCUAGAUACUGCUAUGAAGUUUGAAACUGCAUUUGAAAGAUUCGAGGAGUUAGAGCCACAAAUUACAAGUGAGGUUGCGGUGGAAGGUGGCAUGCCUAAGCAAGAAGAUUGGUGGAAUGUGAAAAGAUUGGUUACUUUUCUUCAAUACUUUUAUCAGCUUACUUUGAAGGUUUCUGGCACUUCUUACGUUACUUCGAAUCAAUUUUUUCAUGAUUUAAGUGUACUCUUUUAUGUAUUAAAAGAGAUGAAGUCUUCGGAUGAUCCUCAGAUGAGUUCGAUGGCUGAUAAGAUGAUUGGAAAGUCUAAGAAAUAUUGGGGAGGAAGAUCAAAUAAACUAAACAUUUUGCUGAUUGUGGUAGUUGUGUUUGAUCCGAGAUACAAAUUGCAAUAUGUGACUCUGGCUUUGAAAGAGAUGUAUACAGAACAAAUUGCAAUAGAAGUGGCUGAGAAGGUGAAAUCCACCACAUUGAAGUUGUUUAAUGAAUACCAAAAUGAGCAAUCUUUGCAAAAUCCAAGUCGAUUCGAGUCUUCUUCAGUAGCUAGCAUUAGAGAUGAGGAGCAAACGACUGAAAAUAGAGCAAGAGCUAUAUUCAAAAAGUUACAAACAGUAGUUGGAGGUGGAGAAAGCCAAACUGAAUUAGAUAAAUAUUUAGGAGAAGGCAAUGAAAUUGUCAAGGAUGGUGAGGAUUUUGAUGUGCUGACUUGGUGGAAGAUUAAUUUUGUUAGGUUUCCUGUCCUCUCGGCUAUAGCCCGUGACCUCUUGGCGAUUCCCAUUUCUGCUUUGGCAUCUGAAUCGGCUUUUAGCACGGGUGGACGAGUUCUUGAUACAUUUAGGAGUUCCCUCACUCCUAAAAUUGUUGAAUCACUUAUUUGCGUGGACGAUUGGCUUGGAGGUCUACCUCUUCUUCAAACAUUAAUGGUGGUGGAAGAUUUGGGAGAGCAAGAGGCCUUUGAACAAGAAUUGGCAAAAAGCAAGAAUAGGGUUGGUAGUUCAAGAGCAACGCAGCCUCCAAUGUUUAUUGAUAAUCCUGGAUACACUUCUUGGAAAUUACGUAUUCAUACUUAUGCAUUAUAUCGGCAUUACUACAAUCUUGCAAAGUUGUUAUCUAUAAUUUUGGGUAUUCCAGAAUUCUAUGUCGUGUUUUACACUUUGACACCAAGAAGAUGUCUUGAAUUGGUUUUCAACGGGGUAGGGUUAUGGGUCAUGGCUACGUUCUAUAGAUGGAAGAUUGAACAUGCUAGUAUUGUAAGUGCAUUUUGUAGCUUCGCAGAUGCUUAUUUGUCGCAUGGUCUCAAGUUUAAAUCAGACCAAUCACAAGAAGCCAAAAAGAUGGAAAAGCUAAACAACAUUUUCUUUGCCUUGAUGGCUCGUGGCCCUGAUGUGGAUAUUUCAGAGGUCACAGGGAAAGAACAGGCAGAAGUGCAGCAAGCAAAGACAGGAAAGGGAAGGAAACAAUGA